CUAAACUCUCUGCUUUUGGUCGCUGCCUCUGUGUCACUCGUCUGCACACUACACACUACACACGAACACAGAGACUAAAGAGCUGAUACGAAAAUGGUGCAGCGACUUACGUACCGGAAGCGCCACAGCUACGCCACGAAAUCUAACCAGCACCGCGUUGUCAAAACCCCUGGUGGGAAAUUGGUUUAUCAAACCACUAAGAAGAGGGCUAGUGGACCCAAAUGUCCAGUUACUGGAAAGAGGAUUCAAGGGAUUCCUCACUUGAGACCUGCUGAAUACAAGAGGUCUAGAUUGUCUAGGAAUCGCAGGACUGUUAACCGUGCCUAUGGCGGAGUCUUGUCUGGAAGUGCUGUUAGGGAGAGGAUUAUCCGGGCUUUCUUGGUGGAGGAGCAAAAGAUUGUGAAGAAAGUUCUGAAGAUUCAGAAGGCAAAGGAAAAACAAGCCUCAAGGAGCUAGAAGAAGAAGAAGCGGCGGAUGAUGUUUUCCGAGGUAGAGGAUGAUUCAGCAAAAUUUUGUUAUGAUUAAUGGCAUUGAAAUGUGGAAUUGAUUAUUAGCUUGUUUGAUACUUCUUUUACCUUUUGUCGAUUGGAUUUCUUUUCGAAUAA